CGAUAAGACGUGGAAUGCUUUGUUUACUUUAGGUUGAUCGUUGAUAAGUGUAUUCAUGAAUGUAAUGACUUUGCGCAAUGAACGGUGAUUUUCGGGCUAUCCUUAUGGACCUAUCCUGACAAAACAAAGCGAUGUGAAGAAAUCCGUGGUGUUUUUUUUUCUAUUGUAUUGUCAUCACCAAAUUGGAUAUCUGGUCAUUAUCAGUUAUGACUUUGUUCGUCUUCAACAGGAGAGCGAAACGUGAAAGAUUUUUCCAAAGGGAUGGUCUUUUUAAAAGCAUUUUCAGGGGGCAGAUCUGCGCAUGUGCUUACUUCCUGUAUUGAAAAGUCAUGGCAGAGAAGAGGAGCGUGUCUGAGCGACCACUGUUGUUUUUGAUUGUUUUUAUCGUGUUGCUGCAUUUAUUAAUAUGUCCCUUUACAAAGGUCGAAGAAAGUUUCAACUUACAAGCAAUACAUGAUGUUUUGUUUCACAGACUUGACCUAGAUAAGUAUGACCAUCUCGAAUUUCCUGGUGUUGUUCCACGGACAUUCCUGGGACCACUGUUUAUUUCAGCACUGUCAUCCCCACUGGUGUAUACACUUCAUUUUCUGGAUGCUCCAAAAUUCUACACUCAAGUCAUUGUGAGAGCCAUACUGGGGAUGUGUGUGGUCUCUGCUCUCUGGCGCAUGCAAAAUGAAGUUCGGAAGCAGUUUGGGACCACUGUGGCUGGAUUGUUUUGCCUCAUCUGUACAUCACAAUUCCAUCUGAUGUUUUAUGCCACCAGGCCUCUACCAAAUGUUUUUGCUCUGCCUAUAGUUGUUCUGGCAUUCACGUCAUGGAUGGCACAGAAGCAUGGUCCCUUCAUAUAUCUCUCAGCAUUUGCCAUCAUCGUGUUCCGCUCCGAGCUCAGCCUCCUCCUAGGUCUAAUGCUACUUAUGUCACUACUGAGCAGAAGACUGACUGUACCACAGCUGUUUUACUUUGCCAUACCUGCUGGUAUUCUGUCAUUAAGUCUCACCAUAUGUGUCGACUCUGUAUUUUGGAAACAAAUACUCUGGCCUGAGGGUCAAGUUCUGUGGUACAACACAAUCUUAAACAAAAGUUCCAACUGGGGAACCUCACCAUUUCUGUGGUACUUUUACUCGGCUGUUCCUCGGGCCCUGGGCAGCACGUUGCUCUUUGUUCCUCUGGGUCUCUUUGACAGACGGAUGCAAACGCUGUUGAUUCCAACUGUUGGGUUCAUUCUGCUGUACUCUUUCCUGCCUCACAAAGAGCUCCGCUUCAUCAUCUACACCCUCCCCGUGUUUAACAUUGUGGCUGCCCGAGGCUGCUCCUACAUUUUGAACAACUACCACAAAUCCUGGCUGUAUAAAAUUGCCUCACUGAUUGUGAUUGGUCAGUUGAUGACAAAUGCUGCCUACACAAGCCUAUCCCUGUGUGUUUCCCAUCACAAUUAUCCUGGAGGGAGAGCCAUGAUGGAGUUACACACUUUAGUCCCUGCCACAUCAGAUGUCUCUGUACAUAUUGAUGUACUUGCUGCGCAGACAGGAGUCUCCCGCUUCUUAGAACUGAAUGAGAACUGGAAAUACAGCAAAAGGGAGGACAUAGUACCAGGGGAUUCACAAAUGAAGACCUUUUCUCAUAUCUUGAUGGAGGCUAACUCAACCCAGAUAGCAUUGCUUAAAGAAUCACAUCAGCCGAUGACUUUUAUUCAAGGGUACAAUAAUGUAAAGUUUGAUUUCUUAAGCUUUCCCCCUUUCAGUGUUAAGAUGGACAACAAACUGGUGCUAUUACAACACUUCAAAGAUAAACUUAGAUGAAUGUUUGUGGCGUAAAUUACUCAUUUUGUAGAAUUUUGUUGGCAUGAAGCACAAAGGAAACAUUCCACCUUCUUGUCAACUGAAUGUGUUGUUUAACAUAAUUAUCAUGUAAUUAACCAAAGCAGGCUGCUGUAUAAGUUGAACAUUGAGCCAAGGAAGGUAGAGAUCCACUGUAGCCUCAACUAAAACAGAUUUCUUCAUGCUUUAAUAUCAAGUCUUAGUGUGUGCUGUUCCUGUCAAAAGUGGUAAAAUGCUGAAGGAACAGAGAACAGAAAGGUCACAAAAAUGUAUCCUUUUUUUAUUGUCACAUGAUAGUCUUCACAUUUUUUCCAGUGACACUCAGGGCCGAUACCACAUAAUAAGAUGCAUUAGAAUAUUGGGAAACAAACCUUUAAUCCAUGCUUCCAGAAUUGUCACUAUCAUUGCUACUUUCAUGACAAGAACAGCACAUUUUAAGGGCCUGAUCUUUUAUGUGGAUCUUACCUAUCUUGUAUCAUUAGAAGAGGGGGAACAUAUUGGGAAAGUAGAACAAGUUGUUUGUACUAUUAUUUAACUUAAGAUCAGUCUGAAAGUCUGUACAAUCAAUACAUUAUUACUGAGAGCCUGUGGCUCUGAAAUAUGGACUUAGAGGAAAAAUACAAGGUGAUGCUGUUUACAGAUUAAAUUUUGUUACUUUUGCAGGAA